AUGGAGGCGCUGGGACCAGGACCUCCGACCAGCCUGUUCCAGCCACCUCGUCGUCCUGGCCUUGGAACUGUUGGAAAACCAAUUCGACUGUUAGCCAAUCAUUUUCAGGUUCAGAUUCCUAAAAUAGAUGUGUAUCACUAUGAUGUGGAUAUUAAACCAGAAAAACGGCCUCGUAGAGUCAACAGGGAGGUAGUAGAUACAAUGGUGCGGCACUUCAAGAUGCAGAUAUUUGGUGAUCGACAGCCUGGCUAUGAUGGCAAAAGAAACAUGUACACAGCACAUCCACUGCCAAUUGGACGGGAUAGGGUUGAUAUGGAAGUGACCCUUCCGGGUGAGGGUAAAGACCAAACCUUUAAAGUGUCUGUUCAGUGGGUGUCCGUUGUGAGCCUUCAGAUGCUUUUAGAAGCUUUAGCUGGGCACUUGAAUGAAGUCCCAGAUGACUCAGUACAAGCACUUGAUGUUAUUACAAGACACCUCCCCUCCAUGAGGUACACUCCAGUGGGCCGUUCCUUUUUCUCACCUCCAGAAGGUUACUACCACCCCCUGGGAGGGGGCAGGGAGGUUUGGUUUGGCUUUCAUCAGUCUGUAAGACCUGCCAUGUGGAAUAUGAUGCUCAAUAUUGAUGUAUCUGCAACUGCUUUCUACCGGGCUCAGCCUAUCAUUGAGUUUAUGUGUGAGGUUUUAGACAUUCAGAAUAUCAACGAACAGACCAAACCUCUAACAGACUCCCAGCGUGUCAAGUUUACCAAAGAAAUCAGAGGUCUUAAAGUUGAGGUGACUCACUGUGGACAGAUGAAGCGAAAAUACCGAGUUUGUAAUGUGACCAGACGGCCAGCCAGUCAUCAAACUUUUCCUUUACAGCUAGAAAAUGGUCAAGCCAUGGAAUGUACUGUAGCUCAAUAUUUUAAGCAAAAGUAUAGCCUGCAGCUGAAAUAUCCUCAUCUUCCCUGUCUCCAAGUGGGACAAGAACAAAAGCAUACAUACUUGCCACUUGAGGUCUGUAAUAUAGUGGCUGGACAGCGAUGUAUAAAGAAACUUACAGACAAUCAGACUUCCACGAUGAUCAAAGCCACAGCAAGAUCUGCCCCUGACCGACAGGAAGAAAUCAGUAGACUGGUGAAGAGUAACAGCAUGGUGGGUGGACCUGAUCCAUACCUUAAAGAAUUUGGUAUUGUUGUCCACAAUGAAAUGACAGAGCUCACAGGCAGGGUACUUCCAGCACCAAUGCUACAGUAUGGAGGCCGGAAUAAAACAGUAGCCACACCCAACCAGGGUGUCUGGGACAUGCGAGGAAAGCAGUUUUAUGCUGGCAUUGAAAUUAAAGUUUGGGCAGUUGCUUGUUUUGCGCCUCAGAAACAAUGUAGGGAAGAUUUACUAAAGAGUUUCACUGACCAGCUCCGUAAAAUCUCUAAGGAUGCAGGAAUGCCCAUCCAGGGUCAGCCAUGUUUCUGCAAGUAUGCACAAGGUGCAGACAGCGUGGAGCCCAUGUUUAAACAUCUAAAAAUGACAUAUGUGGGCCUACAGCUAAUAGUGGUGAUCUUGCCUGGGAAGACGCCAGUAUAUGCGGAGGUGAAACGUGUUGGAGAUACCCUCCUGGGUAUGGCCACACAGUGUGUCCAGGUAAAGAAUGUAGUGAAGACCUCACCCCAGACCCUUUCCAACCUUUGCCUGAAGAUAAAUGCAAAGCUGGGAGGAAUUAACAACGUGCUUGUACCUCAUCAAAGGCCAUCGGUGUUCCAGCAGCCUGUCAUCUUCCUGGGAGCAGAUGUCACCCACCCCCCUGCAGGGGAUGGGAAGAAGCCUUCCAUUGCUGCUGUCGUUGGCAGUAUGGAUGGCCACCCCAGCCGGUACUGUGCCACUGUUCGGGUGCAGACCUCCCGCCAAGAGGUCUCCCAGGAGCUCCUCUAUAGUCAGGAGGUGAUCCAUGACCUCACUACCAUGGUUCGAGAGCUGCUGAUCCAGUUCUACAAGUCCACACGCUUCAAACCUACACGGAUCAUCUAUUACCGUGGAGGGGUAUCUGAGGGACAAAUGAAGCAGGUAGCUUGGCCAGAACUAAUAGCAAUUCGAAAGGCAUGUAUUAGCUUGGAAGAAGAUUACCGGCCAGGAAUAACUUACAUUGUGGUACAGAAAAGACAUCAUACACGACUCUUCUGUGCGGAGAAAGCAGAAAGGGUGGGUAAAAGUGGCAAUGUACCAGCAGGCACUACCGUGGAUAGCACCAUCACACAUCCAUCGGAGUUUGACUUUUACCUCUGUAGUCACGCAGGAAUUCAGGGAACCAGUCGUCCUUCACAUUACCAGGUCUUGUGGGAUGACAACUGCUUCACUGCAGACGAGCUCCAGCUACUGACUUACCAGCUAUGCCACACCUAUGUGCGGUGCACACGCUCAGUCUCUAUUCCAGCCCCUGCGUACUAUGCCCGGCUUGUAGCAUUCCGAGCAAGGUAUCAUCUGGUGGAUAAAGAUCAUGACAGUGCAGAAGGCAGUCACGUGUCAGGACAGAGCAAUGGCCGAGAUCCUCAAGCCUUGGCCAAAGCUGUGCAAAUCCACCACGAUACCCAGCACACAAUGUAUUUUGCCUGA